AUGAAGAAGAUUUUUGGCUUCAGGAGUAAGAAGGGCAUGUUGCCCUUCGGCUCCUCCAUCAGCCCGGGGAGAGAUGGCAGUCAUAGAAUCAACUUCCAGCCCGGGUACCGCAUCCGAGACAAGGACCUCGGAAAGAUCCACAAAGCUGCCAGCGUGGGCAACGUAGCUAAAGUGCAGCAGGUUCUGUUGCUUGGGAAGAGUGGCCUGAAUGACAAGGACAAGAUGAACAGGACUGCGCUCCACUUGGCCUGUGCCAAUGGCCAUUUAGAAGUGGUGGCUCUCCUCCUGGAGAGAAAAUGCCUGCUUGACCUCUGUGACAAUGAAAACAGGACAGCGCUGAUGAAGGCCGUAGAAUGCCAAGAUGAGGGCUGCGUGACUCUCCUGCUGGAGCAUGGCGCCGACCCAAAUGUCAUGGACGCCUGUGGCAACACCGCGCUCCACUACGCUGUCUUUUGUCAGAAUUUAUCACUCGCAGCAAAGCUGCUUUCCUACAACGCCCAUAUGGAAGCCAGGAACAAGGAUGCCCUCACACCAUUGUUACUUGCUGUACAUGAAAGGAGAGGAGAAAUGGUGGAGUUUUUAGUAGACAAAGAAGCAAGUCUACAUGCGGUUGACAAGAUGAAAAGGUGGCUCAGUAGUAAAGAAUCCACCCGCCAAUGCAGGAGAUAUGGUUUGAUCCCUGUGUCGGGAAGAUCCCCUGGAGAAGGAAAUGGCAAUGCACUCCAGUUUCCCAAUGAACCUGGCGUUGAUUUAGGGCCUACAUCAGACAAUGAAGUCUUAGAUUUUAAAACCAAGCAUGUCAUGAAACCAAAGUUAACAAAGCUCAUGAAGCCUUCUCAGCAGUCCGACAGAAACAUGGAAGCAAAGUGUGGCAUUUUGAGACCAGAGAGUACCACUUUCUCUGAGGACAAUAAUUCUGAUAGUAACAUUGAAGAUGUGGUUGAAACAUUUCCCAAACCAUCACCCUGGUUUGAGGGCAUCUGUCAGCCUGCCUUCCCAUCACUUGAGCCUGUUCCAAAACUUCUCAAGUCUGUAGCAGGCCUUGGUCCUGCAAAGCAGAGUGUUUCUGAGAGCCUUCCACAGAAGUAUGUGGGUCAUUUGCCUGGAACUGCUGGUCAAAGAGAAAAAAAGACAUUAAAUGAACAAAUAGAAGAGUCUCCUGAGAAAUAUCCUAAUGUGAAGCAGGCCGUCGGAGUGAAAGAUUCUGUUCCUAAUAAAGCAGUCAGAAUGAAGGAUGCACAGACAUCUAACUCAGACUGGGAUUCAACUACUUUGAGCCUCAAUAGUGAGACUUGUCAAAGAGCCAGGCAUUUGAAAGUUGAUGAUCAGCGUCUGUUGGUGUCCCAACUGGUGACCAAAAGUCAGUCAACACCCACAGAACUCGGACAGAAGACCGCAACAGAUAAAGAAAAGAUGAAAAACGCAGCGAUGUUUCUGGUAGGGAAUUCCAUGCCCCAUCACCCGGGCCAGUUUCCGCUGCCAGAAAACAGGGAAAGCAAACAAGAUUUGUCAGGAGAACUAGACAUGGAAGAACAAGAAAAACUUCCUGGAAAUGAAAAUAACUAUUCACAGGUUGAAGAAGAAAAGAAGCACAAAAGUAGAGAAGUGGAAGUAUCAGACCACGUAUGCGAUGCUGAGAGUCAAUUGAUUCAGCAGAGAAAGAGUGGAGGAAAUAACAAGCAGGAAUUUCCUGCUAUGGAGAAUAAAGGUUCUGAUGGUUUGAGGACUUCUUUCAGCAUUUCUUAUGAGGCGAGACUAGUGGUGAUGAACUCCCUCAGUAGCAAUCCUGGCAUCCCCAGGAAGAAGAUAGAGAAAAAGAAAAAUGACAAAUGGACACCAGAAGAAUGUGUGAUUGUACCAGUAUUUGAAAAGACCAAUUCACUGACUGAUGGGCUGCUGCACGUGAAGGAUGACAGCAUUUUAAGGAAAGUGUAUCAAGAUGACAGCAGAAGUACAAGAAUGACUUCCAAAGUUUCUGAUAGUGGUAGAAAGGCAAAAGGUCUGUUGCGCAAAAGCCACAUGCAGGAUGAAAUUGCCAUGCCAAGAUUAGAAAUAGACACAGGGAAAAAUCAGAACCAGGAGAAAGAAAAGAAAUGUUUUGAGGGUACUGAAAUUGUAAAAGGAGAGAAUGAUUAUCCUCAAAAGGCAAUAAAAUUGAACAAGGAAAUGUUGACAAAGGCCAUAUUCCAGCAUCCUGGCCAGCUUACCAUUCCGGUAGCUGAAAAUACAAUGCUAAACCCUGAGCUGGAGAACGCAAAGCGAAGCAAAGAAAGACUGGAAACAGAAGUGGAAUCCUACCACUCUAGACUGGCUGCUGCCAUACACAAUCGUGAUCAAGGUCAGAUAUCACAAAGAAACCUGUCACUUGCCUCCCAGAAAGCAAAAGACAAGACGUUACGCUUGCAGGACCCAAUGAAGUUCGAUAUGGCUAAGCCGAAAAGUGACAAUGAGAUGCUUUCCCAGGGACUUUCUAAAGUGGAAAAUCAAUUCAAUACGCUAAAAAUCAAGCUGUAUCAGACGAGAGAUGAUCUCGGAGAAAAGACUUUGAUAUUAGAACCUGUCCAGAGAGACUUACUCCAAGCAGAGCAUCAAAAGCAGGAUAUUGGACACAUGUAUCAGAUUGAACAAGGCAAAGUGAAGGAAUAUCUUGGAAAGCAGGAAUCCUUAGAGGAGAGGUUAUCUCAACUCCAGAGUGAAAACAUGUUGCUCCGACAGCAGCUGGAUAAUGCACAAAAUAGAGCCGACAGUAAAGAGAAGAUAGUUAUUAGCAUCCAAGACCAGUUUCAGCAGAUCAUGAAAAAUCUUCGUGCUGAACAUGAGAAACAAGGUCUGAUGCUGGAAGAAAGAAACAAGGAUUUAACCAACAAAUGUAGUUAUUUAGAAGAGAGAAUGUGUCAGUAUGAAAAUAAGAAAGCAGAAAGAAAAGCAGUUGUGAGACAACUUUGGCAAGAACUGGCUGAUAGCCUCAAAAAGCAGUCUUCGUCGGAGGCGUCCCUGGAGGUCAUGUCACGUUAUCAUGCGAAGUUAGAAGUUGAGGCACGGGAUUUAAAGAACUUACAUCAACUCACAAGUCAGCCUCAAGAAACACAAGAUCAACAUACAGGGGCCGUGAGAUGUGCUGAAAAAACACAGGAUCACAUCCAAAAGCUUGAAAUUGAAAAUGCUGAGUUACAAAUGACAGUCAAAAAGCAAGCGGGCGAAAUUGAACAGCUUCAGAAAAACCUCUUAAAUAUAAGAUUGGAAGCACAUGAACAACAGCUGAAAGCAACAGAAGAGCAGGUGGAGGAAGUGGAGAUGAUUUUGAAGAACAUGGAAGUGCUCCUCCAAGAGAAAGUGGGUGAGCUGAAGGAAGAGGCACCCCUUCCGAGUUCUCUGCUCCCAGCCGCCCGCCCACCUCGGGGCCCGUCUCAUUCUUCAGCGCGGCCCUUGGUGCAGAGCAGAGCUCCCAUCGCCCACUCCACCAUCUUUUGGGUCCUGACAGCUGGGGUGCUCAUCUCCCCUGCCAGCCCCUCAGCACAGCAGUCAUCCUCAGAUAUGUCGGAGCUGCCUGCCUUCCUCAGAGCUUCUCCGGUGGCCUCGAGAUUCUGCAGGACCUGGACCCCUCCCCUCGGCCCUUGCCCAGCCGGCCUGGCAGCUCUGCCUUCCUCACGGGCCUCCUGGCCGUUCCUGUCACCCCCGCAUGUGCCGGCCUCUGCCCGGGAGGUUUACCCAGGCAGCCUCCCCUACGUCCCCGAUGCUCCUCUCAGGGCUGUCUGUUCACCUCAGGCUCACCGUGUGUCCCCUGCCUGGGUUCUCUGUGAACACGCAGGCUGA